AUGGACGCAGUCGUCCGCGAACUUCAGAGCGAUGCACAGUUAAGCGUAUUUUUAAGCUCUGAUUGCAAUGUAAGCGCUAUCGCCAGUGCCGUUGUGGCGCAAGAUUCGACCUCGCCGGACAUCAUUGGUGCAUCACGUCUCUCUGCUAGCUCGAAUACUAGCUUAGUGGCAUCGGCUGAUGAAAUAGACGAGCCUAGCGAAUCGGAGAAGUUUGUACAACGUCUAGAAAGCGCUGUGCAAUCCAUCGAUCGUGUCAUCUCGGAACAUAUUGGCGAGCAUCAUGCCACGCUGCUCGAGCAAGUGAGCUCUGUAGACGAGCUGCAAGAUCAAUUCGAACUGGUACGAAAGGCAGUGAGCCAAUACAAGUAUUCGGUACACUCGUUACAGGCCCAGGUGCGUGAGCAGCAUGAAAAUUUGCGGGAUACCAUCCAGCGCUACCGUAAUGUAGAGCAGUGUGGAGACAUUGUGCAGCGUGUGCUGCGCUUUCAGCAUCUUUCUGAUCGUGUCUUGAAGUCUGAGCUAAAUGAAGCUGAUGCGACAUCGACAAAAAGUGUCGAGGAGAAAGUUCUAGCAGGAGAUGCGAGACAGAACGAGAUGGCGUCAGUGGCGCUCGCAAUUAGAGAAAUAGAACAGUUGGUCAAAGACCAGAAUUUUGAGAUGUUAAGUGUUGUGCGAGCAAAACUCCCGGCUGUACGCCAGCUCACAAUAAAUCUGCAACGCGAGGUGCGUACUUCGUUGCGUGCAGGAAUCCAUAGCUUAAGCCAAGUGGACAUAGGUGACGCACUUCAGAUCGUCUUUUACCUGGGCGACCUGCCCACGAUAGCUCAAGCCUCAGUAAAUGAUGUUAUCCAGGAAUUAGAGCGGGAGUGCACUGCAGCUAUCUCAGAGGAUAAGCUAGUGCAAUCUGCAGAUAGUAGCUCGAGUGGCAUGGACACAAGUAAUGAGCCUGUAAAAAGCCUAGUACAGAAAUCGAACGUAUGGAAAGCUGUUCAGGAUGUUUUUGAUGUCAUUCGAACCUAUGCAUUACAAGUUUGGAACUUGCAACGCGUACUCAUUCAGAUGUCGGACCCAGCUUCUGGUAAGAAGUAUCUUGAUUUGGUUCUUGAGCCAGAUGAGCCGUCUCUUUUCGCUACAUUUUGGGAGGUCACCUGUGCAAUCGUUCAAGAGCUGUUCGCAUCAACUCUCUCUUACAGUGCGGCAGUUAAAUCUUUACUGGUUUCGGAGUACCCUCGUAUGCGUGAGCAAGCCAUACGACUCUUAAAUGAGCUUUUUGCAUCGACAAAGCAGACUCCAGGUUUGGAUUUAUUUGCCGAUCCAACUACAGACAAUGAAGCUGACAUUGACGUGGGAAAGAGUCUGGUAAGGCGAGAGCUGGUGCCGAUUGCAGGAUCCUUGGCCGAGCGAUCGCAGCUACUUAACUCCAUGACACCACUGUAUGAUGCCUAUAUUGAUCGUGCGUACCGCCGCAUGUCGAACCCAAUUACGCUCAUGUUUCCUCAAAGCUCUAACUUCCACGCAUCACCACCGGGUCGUAGUGACAUUCAAACCCUGUCGCGAUCAAUCAUUUCGGAGUUAGAGCAUGCCGGGCAGGAUUCCGUGCUGCUGAAUGGUACACUUCAACAAUUGCGAAAAGCUGUGAAACUCUUUUGCUCAAAUGUGGAAAAGAUAAUGCAUCAGGGCAAGUCGGUUUCAACGACGACGCCGUCAUUUGGCCGAACGCCAGCUCAGGCUCAUAACGUUGCGCUUAUACAUGUGCUGAGCUUAUUGGACGAGACCCUUGAGGAGGUCGAACAUCGAAUGGAGACGGCUGCAUCACUUAAUGGUAGUCAAGCAGAUGCAGCAGGACACGCACUUUCUGCCGCUGAUUUCGUCACAACAAGUGUGGUUACAUUAAAGAAAGCAAAAGCCUUGUGCACGGCAAAUUUAUUGCCGAGUCGUGAUAUGAUUAAUGACCUUAAGUAUGCCUUGCUAGGCUCCUACCUUCAAGCACUCGCUGUAAUACUGGAGAGUAUUCUCGCAAAAAUGCACGAUGAGUCCUUCGGCAAUCAAAGUGCUGCUACAAAAGAGGUCACAUCAGUGGGCGCAUCACGCAGUACUGGACAUCGCUCAGCGCAAAGCACAAAUGGAUCCAAAUAUAUGAAUGAAUUUUGCAAUGCAUUUGCUGUUGUUCACGAGGAACACCUACGCCGGCUCCCUACUGCAAAUUUUGUCACGACAUGUCUGGCAGAUUUUGUAGAGCGAAUUAUCUCGGUAUUUGUACGGCACGCAUCUUUGCUUCGACCGCUUUCUAUGAACGGAAAGCAGCGUCUUGCUGAUGACAUGACACAGUUAGAGCUAAGACUAGAGAAGGUGACGCCGCUUAAAAAUAUUGGGAAAUCAUAUGAGGAGCUACAAGCUUUUCGCCACAUGAUCAUCCUUGAUAAUAGCGAGAUUCUUCGGGACUCUACAAUCGACAAGAUCCGCCCGAGUAAUGUUUGGCACCAUCUUACUUCUCGUGCCCCACCUGAACUCCAACUACCGCAUCAAAUGAAAAACUGGUCGGCUUCUAAGUAUAUUGAGUGGCUAGAAAUCCGUGGAGCUAAUAGUCAGGUUUUGUCGCCGCCUACCACCCCACCAUCUUCAAGUAACAUUGUAUCAAAUUCGUUGCCAUCAUGGAAAGAACUUCCGCUGGGAUUCCCCUGUUUGAAAAAUCCCCGUCUGAGCUUGCAAGCUGAAAAGCAGGCUUGGAAUGAAAUGGCUAAAUGUCUUGAUGCAUAUUCUCAGCGUGUGAGUGCGUCCACGAAUGUUGACCGAAGUCCGAUAUACGAUCUUUUGCAAGAAUCAAGCGCCAUUCUGUUAGCAGGUUACGAAGUUACGCUCUCUCGGUAUUUGUAA